AUGAGUUCUGACUCGGAGCCACUUGCCUCAGUUCUUAAGAAGAAUAAAGGUGUGACUUUAAAGAGGAGACGGGAGGACCAAUAUGAAGUGAGUUCCGACUCACCAGAAGCUAGGGAAGAACCCCAAGAGCCUAAUCCCCCGACUGAUUUCGCUCAAGCAAUGAUUCAUCGGUAUCGUCAAGCGAAGGAAUUAAGUGAAGGUGGCACCACUGACUCAUGCACCUUCGCACAAUUCAGAAAGGCAGAUCCACCUAAGUUUGAUGGGAAGUUUGAUCCUCUUAAGGCCGAUGGUUGGAUUAGAAGCAUAGAGGAAAUCUUUAGAGCGGAAAAUGUUCAUGACAAUCAAAAGGUUAACUUUGCCACUCGUUAUUUGGAAGGUGAAGCUAUAUGUUGGUGGCAGGGGACUAGACCUGCCCUUGGAGGUACUGAUGUAAUCAUUUCCUGGAAGGACUUCACUGAAGCAUUCAAUGCCCAAUUCUUCCCCGAGUCAUUCCAAGCGAAGAUGAGGAGUGACUUUGCAAAUGUAUCUCAAGGUAGCUCGUCAGUUAUGGAGUAUGCAGCCCGCUUUAAUCAGCUUAGUAGAUUCGAGGAAGGCUUCGUGGCUAGUGAAAAGCGGAGGGCAGAACACUUUCAGCGAGGACUUCGACCUGAUAUUCGCAGUAUUCUCACGCCUUUUGUGCUGACUACGUAUAAAGAUGUCUUGGAUCGAGCGAUUAGGGUGGAGCAAGACAUGUUGGAGAGCGGCGUAUAG